AUGCCGAACUAUGGAGUCUUUGGUGGAAGUUAUGAAUCGGAGUUCAUACAUAAUCUGACCAGACAAAUGAUCGCCAACAAUCGAAUCGAAUCAAUGGCCACCUUUGGAGUGAAUCGUGAAUUGCAGCGGAUUCGGUUUGUUGUGGCAAAAUCUAUUGAACAGUCGUUAACGGAAGAGUUCCAAUUACCAAUCGUUGUUUGGGGACUGAGACGCAAUGUCACUCUGCGUCAUUUGCUAGGCUACAAAACUUUAAUCUGUGUUAGCAUUACCAGUGCACUGCCCGACGAAGAGCCCAUUUUUGAUGUCCUAGUCGAUGGAUUAGUUGGCUUGCACUACGUUCCCAUGCUCUUUAUAUACAAGCGAUUGGGAAACAAAAGCCCAACCCAGAUGCAGUUAAACAUAUUUUUCGCCUGGUGCUGGCAGCACAGGUUCACCAAUGUCUUUAUCACCUUCCAGCUAUUUAUUUAUAAGGAACCUUCUGGAAACUUUAGUACCAAUUGGCACAACCAACUGUAUACCUAUACACCGUUUCCCAAGCUCACGGUUCGGAAUCUGACCGAGACGGGUUAUCAAAACGUGGACAUAUUGAUGGAUCUAAGGGGCUAUGAGUUUCGUGUGCCAUUCUUUCAGGAUCCCCUCAAUGUGUUCAAUCUUCCAAACGGAUGUCUGUCUGGGGCCGUGGGCCGCCUGAUGGCCGCCUUCGUGCACCACAGAAAAGGGCGACUCCGCCUGGAGCGUGUGGCCCAUGUGGAUAGGUACAAUUACCCGGAGCACCUGAUGCUGGCCGCUGCCCGCGGAGAGGUCGAGAUGGGCGUUCAUCCGUACUCUCCAAUGCAGCCGGGCUCCUCGCUGACGUCCGGUAGUUUUCCGGUGGGUACCACCAAAACCUGUAUUUUAGUGCCAUGGCAGCGGGAAUCGCCUGCAGUCCGAUAUAUGCGGAUGGUUGCCCGUGUAAAUUUUCCAUUUUUCCUGAUACUCCUCCUGGCUAUGACCUUUUGCUGGAAGCUGGUGUGUGGACAGGGACAAAGGGGCAUUCAGCUAACCCUGGUGGCCUUCUUUCAGCAAUCGCUGCCGGGCAUAGAAUUCCUGCGGCUCGCGGAGGCGUACAAGUUAAUCCAUGUGGCCAUUGUCCUUGGCUCCUUCAUUCUGUGGUCAAUGCGCACAGCAAAUCUGUCAUCGGUCUUUACCUCGCAGAUGCCUGGGUCACAGAUCGACACGGACAGGGAUUUUCUGGCUACGCCAUUACGUCUUAUGUUGACGGAAACGGAGGUGGAAAUGUAUUUCACCGCCGGACGUCUGCCUUCGGCGCUGAAGCCACGCCUUCUGGUGGUCAACAGUACGACGCUGAUGGAGCAUCUGGGCAGCUUGAAUACCAGCUACGCCUACUGCACCACCGCGGAGCACUGGAAUGUGGUUAAGCUGCAGCAGCGGCAAAUGAAUUCGCCCUUCGCGGGGAACUUCUACAGCUUUGGCAUUUUUUGGCAGGAGUUUGGAUUCUGGGCUUUUUGGUGGAGGCAGAGCAAUCGGGAGGCGAUUAGCACGGGCCUCGUUGUUCACCUGACGGACGACUAUCAGCCGGGUCCACCCUAUGCCUUCUAG